AGAACUCAUAAAGGGAAGAAAAAGAAGAGCAAUGCCACGUAAAAAAGACGGUGCUUUUGCUGCAGUGAGUAAGAAGUAGAAUGGCUCACGUUCUGUGCGCUUUUUGCAGGGCCUUUUUCUUUGCGAGGCUACCUUCCUAGUUGCCACUCCCUCUCGCGAACUCAUCUGGUUCCCCGAUAUUAAAAAGAGCCUCCUUUUUACGCCCCGCCUGAUCGCUCUUUCGGCUUCUUCCUCUGUAUGGGCGUUGCACCUCAACGUCCCACCCUCGAAACACCAACCUCCCUGCCUCUCCUGACUGCUGAUACCAGAUAUGUCGGCCAAUCAUCCCGGUUUUAUACUCUUCGGCCAAAAGAUGUCCUCCUCGUCGGGAUCUCCUACUCCGGCCGCCCCUUCUCUGAUUCCAUCUAACUCUCCUCCCGAGCAUGAUUGGAGUAGCUCAAACAAAGCAGAAGUGGGAACGCCUUCUACCGAAAGCUCCGAACACCAAAAUGUGCAGAAAAAUGAGCCAACGAAGAUAAGCAGUUCAGAAGAAUUUAAAAUGAUGAAGAAACCAGACAAGAUUCAACAGUGUCCACGAUGCAACAGUAUGGAUACAAAGUUCUGUUAUUUCAAUAACUACAACGUGAAUCAACCUCGACAUUUCUGCAAGAGCUGCCACAGAUAUUGGACUGCCGGCGGAGCAAUGAGAAAUGUCCCAGUUGGUGCUGGAAGACGAAGGAACAGGCAACUGUCCUCGCCAUACCAUCGCCACACUACAGUAUCCUCCGAAGGCAUUCCAGUUGCAAACUCAAAGACAGACUCAUCUUCUCACCAGUGUUUCUCAACUCUUGAAUCCUCAUCUGCUUUCAAGUCAGCACCCCCAGAUAAUACUAGUACCGUGUUGAGAUUUGGUCCAGACGCCCCUGUUUCUGAUUCUGGGAGUUCAAUUCUCAAUCUUGGAAAUUGGGAGGAGGCAUCCGGGUGUGGAUCUUCUGUGACCAAUGCGAGUGGGGCAGGGGAAAUGAAGUAUCAGAACUUGCUAUGCAAUGGAACAGAAAUGUGUCCAAUCUGAUGAAUACAUCAAAUGGUGUGCGAUGUUAUCCUGCGGCUCCAUGGGUGUUUCCGGCGCAGUGGCAUGCUGAGAAUAAGAUUGGGUCACCUAACAUUCCUGUGCAAUUUGUGGCAGCUCCAUGUUGGAGUAAUGGGGCUAUCUUUUCUGCGGGAGGAACAGGAACGGGAACAGUUUCAAUUGGCUCUAAUGGCUGCCUCUCCUCCUCAUCCUCUACCAGUAAUGGCCAUUGCUCAGGCAAUGGCUCCCCAGCCCUUGGAAAACACUGACGAAGAGAAAUCAGACUGGUGUUAAUUCCCAACAUACUUAAGAGUGGGAACGUUUGGUCAGCUUUUCCAGCAGAGAGCACAAUGAGUUCCUUGCUUAAUAUUCCCCCUUGUAAUUCUGACAUGAUCUUUUGCCCAUUGCUAGCUUUAAGUCCUUUUUUAAGAAAAUCGGUUUUUGAGGAUGUCAUUUCUCUGUGGAACCGAUUUUAUAGUUUUAGUUCUUAUUUCGUCUUUAAUCAAAAUCUGUUGUGUAGUUUGAUCCUUAAAAACCGAUGAUUCUUGGCGUUUGCGCCGCUAUAAUCAACCAGGUUAAGUUA